CUAUAAUUAUAUUCUUUCCGGUUAACCAUAAGCAUGUUUGUUUUAUUUUUAAAGGAAGAAAACUUCAAAAACACAAAAUAAUGAAGCAGUCCACAACCAACGUCAAUUCAUCCUUAUCAACACAAUUAAAAUUAUUUUCUUCCAAAUUUCCUAAAAUUCCAAAAAAUUUAUUUCUUUUAUUAAUAACCUUAUUAUUAUUGAUAUUAUUUACUGACAAAAAUUCAGCUUUUAGUAUUCGAGAUGUUCUUGUGGCGAGGGGCGGGAAGAGGACAGCAAGUGGGGGAGGGGAAGAAUUAGUUCAGUGUCCGACUUGGCACCCCUUCCAAUGUCCUAACAGCGAGUGUAUUCCAAUCAAAUAUUUGUGUGACGGAAGCCCAGAUUGUUCAGAUGAAUACGACGAAAAUUCUGCAAUGUGCACAGCUGCAAUUCGCCCGCCAGUAGAAGAAACUGUAGCUUUCCUUAAAGCACUCCUCCAAGCACAUGGAAAAGAUUUUUUGGAAAAACUUUUUGGGGAAGAAGCGAGGAAUAGUUUGGCGGGGAUGGGUGGAGUGGAUAAAGUUGCUGUUGCACUUUCACAAUCUCCAACAUUAGAAGCAUUCGGAGUUGAAAUGAAAAUGAGCCCUACAGAGUUAGGAAGGAUGGCUUCUGUGCUACAAGCUAUUGCUUCUAGUGAUGAAAAUUCUGGAUUUACUCCAAAUGAGGCAGCAGAUUUCCGUUUCUUUGUGCAAAAACUUCAGGAAACUGGCUUUUUCUGA